CGGAACAGCUGAAAGGGUGGCAACUUCUCCUCCUGCCACCGGGUACAGCCCGUCUGCCUCCCCGCGCGCCCGCAGCCUCCCCAGCUGCCUCUCUAAGGGCUCCCCUACGGCCGCCAGCGCCCAUCUUUCAUUCCCGAGAUAGAGAUAUUUUGCGCACACACACACAUAACACACACGCGCAAAAAGGGGGGGGGGGAAGCCCACCCUCCAGCCUCGUUGCAAAAAGAAAGCCGGAGCAGCCGCAGCUCGCAGCCCGCAGAGGACGCCCAGAGCUGCGAGCGGACUGACAGAGGGACAGACGGAAUCGCGCCGCGUCCACCUGUCUGCCGCGCCCGGCACUGCGCGCAGCGGGCACGCCCCGCGCGCGGAGCAGCCGUGCCCGCCGCCCGGGCCCCGCGCCAGGGCGCACACGCUCCGGCCCCCCUCCCCCGGCCCGGGCGGGAGUUUGCACCUCUCCCUGCCCGGGUACUCGGGCCGCCGCUGCAAAGCCAACUUUGGAAAAAGUUUUUUGGGGGAGACUUUGGUUUUGAGGUGCCCAGCUCUGCACUUUCCGACUUCGGGAGCCUCUCCAGAAAAUGUUGCAAAAAAGCUAAGCCGGAGGGCAGAGGAAAACGCCUUUAGCCGGACGAACCAUCGAAGACGAACCACAGACUGCCGUGUUCUUUCUCCUCUUGGAGGUUGAAGUCCCCUGGGCGCCCCCACACGGCUAGACGUCUCUCCUGGUUCGCGACGCAGACCCCCGGCCGUGGAUGCUCUCUCGGGCUCGGGAUCCGCCCAGGUAGCGGCCUCGGACCCUGGUCCCGUGCCCAGGCCUUCCCCAGCCUCCAACGACGGAGACGGGGUCGAGGGCGGCGGCGCCCAGGGGCCAUGCGGAUGAGCCGCGGCGGCGGCUGCAGAGGCCUGAGCGCCUGAUCGCCGCAGACCCGAGCCGAGCCCACCUCCCUCCCCAGCCCCCGCCCCCCACCCUGGCCGCGGGGGCGGCGCGCUCGGUACACGCGUCCGGGGCUCCGCAGGGCCGGGCCCGGAGUCGGCAUGAAUCGCUGCUGGGCGCUCUUCCUGUCUCUCUGCUGCUACCUGCGUCUGGUCAGCGCCGAGGGGGACCCCAUUCCAGAGGAGCUCUAUGAGAUGCUGAGUGACCACUCAAUCCGCUCCUUCGAUGACCUCCAGCGCCUGCUGCACGGAGACUCCGUAGGUGAAGACGGGGCUGAGCUGGACCUAAAUGUGACCCGGCCCCGUUCUGGAGGCGAGCUGGACAGCUUACCCCGUGGGAGGAGGAGCCUAGGUUCUCCAACGGUUGCUGAGCCAGCCAUGAUCGCUGAGUGCAAGACCCGCACCGAGGUGUUUGAGAUCUCCCGGCGCCUCAUAGACCGCACCAACGCCAACUUCCUGGUGUGGCCGCCCUGCGUGGAGGUGCAGCGCUGCUCUGGCUGCUGCAACAACCGCAACGUGCAGUGCCGCCCCACCCAGGUGCAGCUGCGGCACGUUCAGGUGAGAAAGAUCGAGAUUGUGCGGAAGAAGCCGACCUUUAAAAAGGCCACAGUGACCCUGGAGGACCACUUGGCAUGCAAGUGUGAGACAGUGGUGGCUGCACGACCUGUGACCCGAAGCCCGGGGAAUUCCCAGGACCAGCGAGCAGCGAGGACGCCCCAAACUCGGGUGACCAUAAGGACAGUGCGGGUCCGCCGACCCCCCAAGGGGAAGCACCGGAAAUUCAAGCACACACACGACAAGAUGGCACUGAAGGAGACCCUCGGAGCCUAGGGGCAUCUGCAGGAGAGCGCAGGCAGGGUUAUUUAAUAAGGUAUUUGCUGUAUCGCCCCCAUGGGGUCCUUGGAGUGAUAAUAUUGUUCCCCUCGUCCGUCUGUCUCGAUGCCUGAUUCGGACGGCCAAUGGUGCUUCCCCCACCCCUCCACGCACCCGUCCACCCCUCCGCCAGUGGGUCUUCCUUCAGUGCCUCCAGCAUCUUGCCCAGGAGCUCAAGAAGGAAACAAAGGACCUGAACUCCAUCGCUGUCUUCCUCCCUGCCCAGGAAUCUGGGAGAAGAGUGCAAGAGAGGCCAGUGGAGUCGCUGUUUGGGGCAAGGACCUCCCUUCCCCAGCACCUGUCCAAGGCCCCACCUGAAGAGCCGCGGAUUGGCCCAAACCCUGCACAUGGCUGAGGACCUCUAGGCGCGGCCUGCCUGGUCCUUGGACUCCCAGCCAGCUCUGAAGGGAACAUCCCCAGGCAGGCCAGUUAACUCAUACUCCUGUGGCUGAGACCACGUGGGGGAGCGUAGGCUGGAGAAAGGCCCCUCUUUCAGUGCCCAGGCCCAGCCACCUUUCCCUGUCACCUCUGCUCACACAGUGGCUUCCUUUCAUUUUAUACAAAUGAAACCUUUGAAGAUACGGACUCCUCUAGGCGGCUCAGAUGGCUUAGAGAUGAAGUUUGCCCUGGAGGUGGACAUAGAUGGUGACCUGGGCAUCCAUUGCCUCUUUAACCCUUCCAGUCCCUCCUUCACUUCCUCCUGUGUUUCAUCUCUCUACCUCCAACCUGCAUUUUCCUCUUGUCCUGGCCCUCAGUCUGUUCUACCACGGGGCUCUUGGACCACUUAUUGAGGCCCUGAACAACCCCAGUCACUGCUCCAUUGGGCAGAAGACCAACAGCCAGGGUGGCAGAGGGCCUGCCCAUCAUACCCCAGUGCAGCCAAGACUGUAAGGUAGUGCAGGGUAUGCACUGCACAAGGGCACUGCAUGCCAGAAUCACCAUUCACACCAUAAACUUGAUUAAUUUGUGUAUUUGUUAAAAGACAGUUGUCUGGCAGAUGGAUGGAGGUCAAAUGUCCUGAGGAAAGGAAUCCUUUUCCUAAUUGGCACAAAAGCUCCGUGUGGACUGGCUGUGCCCCUGACCCAGCCCAUGGCUUGGAGUGGUCAGACAGGAGGGAGCCCAUGCAUGCUGCUGUGCAUCUGGCCUCCACAUCUCCAAGCGCUCAGCUCAAGCAGCCCCCCUUCCAGCAGGUAUGGAAAACCCGAGAGGAAGUCACCGAGCGGGGGGCAGCCCUUGCCCCCCGCUGCACGCUGCCACCUCCUGAGAUCCAUUUGCGGUCCACCUAUGGUGGUUCCUCCCAGGAAACCAGCUCCUGGGCUGGGAGUGGGGGUGGAGAGGGAAGGGGAAAGGUCCCCAGGGCCCCUAGGGGUGGGGUCUGAGCUCCCACCUCCCUUCCUACCUCCCACUGCGCUUCCCCCCUCCCCCUCUCCAAAAUCUGCUUCCUUCAGUUUGUAAAGUUGGUGAUUAUAUUUUUGGGGGCUUUCCUUUUAUUUUUUAAAUGUAAAAUUUAUUUAUAUUCCAUAUUUAAAGUUGUAAAAAAAAAAAUAACCACAAAACCAAACCAAAUGAAUCUCCUGGA